UAUCCCCUUCAUCUGAUCUCCCCAUAUUUCUUCCUAGCAGACCACUCUGAAUCUCAUUUCCAAUAGUCGGUUCUAUAAUGGCUGAUACAGAAACGUUCGCCUUCCAGGCCGAAAUCAACCAGCUGUUGAGUUUAAUCAUCAACACUUUCUACAGCAACAAGGAGAUCUUCUUGCGUGAGUUGAUCAGUAAUGCAUCUGAUGCUCUGGACAAAAUUAGAUUUGAGGGUUUGACUGACAAGAGCAAGCUAGAUGCUCAACCAGAGCUAUUCAUCCACAUUAUUCCCGACAAGGUUAACAAUUCCUUGACAAUCAUUGAUAGUGGAAUCGGGAUGACAAAAGCUGAUUUGGUGAACAAUCUGGGUACCAUUGCCAGAUCUGGAACGAAGGAGUUCAUGGAAGCUAUUGCUGCUGGUGCUGAUGUAAGCAUGAUUGGACAGUUUGGUGUUGGUUUCUACUCAGCUUACUUGGUUGCUGAGAAAGUUAUAGUUACCUCUAAGCACAAUGACGAUGAACAGUAUGUUUGGGAAUCCCAAGCUGGUGGUUCCUUCACCAUCACUAAAGAUACUUCUGGUGAGAGUAUUGGGAGAGGUACAAAGAUUGUUCUUUUCCUUAAAGAAGACCAGCUUGAGUACCUUGAAGAGCGCCGUUUGAAGGACUUGGUCAAGAAGCACUCUGAGUUCAUUAGCUAUCCGAUUUCUCUCUGGGUUGAGAAGACAACUGAGAAGGAAAUAUCUGAUGACGAGGACGAGGAAGACAAGAAGGAUGAAGAAGGGAAGGUAGAGGAAGUUGAUGAAGAGAAGGAAAAGGAAGAGAAGAAAAAGAAGAAGAUCAAAGAAAUCUCUCAUGAAUGGUCUUUGGUGAACAAGCAAAAACCCAUUUGGAUGAGGAAACCCGAGGAGAUAACUAAGGAGGAAUAUGCUGCAUUCUACAAGAGUCUUACUAAUGACUGGGAGGAGCAUUUGUCUGUUAAGCAUUUCUCAGUUGAAGGCCAACUCGAGUUCAAAGCUGUUCUCUUUGUACCAAAGAGGGCCCCCUUCGAUCUCUUUGAUACAAGGAAGAAGCCGAACAACAUCAAGCUUUAUGUCCGUCGUGUAUUCAUCAUGGACAACUGUGAAGAUCUGAUCCCUGAAUAUCUCUCCUUUGUGAAAGGUAUUGUAGACUCUGAGGAUCUCCCUCUUAACAUCUCCAGAGAAAUGUUGCAGCAGAAUAAGAUCCUGAAGGUGAUCAGGAAGAAUCUGGUGAAGAAAUGCCUCGAGAUGUUCUUCGAGAUUGCUGAGAACAAGGAGGACUACAACAAAUUCUACGAGGCCUUUUCGAAGAACCUGAAGCUCGGUAUCCACGAGGAUACCCAAAACAAGGGUAAGAUUGCUGAAUUACUUCGCUACCACUCGACGAAGAGCGGUGAUGACAUGACGAGUUUGAAGGAUUAUGUGACAAGGAUGAAGGAAAGCCAGAACGAGAUUUUCUACAUAACUGGAGAAAGCAAGAAGGCUGUUGAGAAUUCUCCGUUCCUUGAAAAGUUGAAGAAGAAGGGGUAUGAAGUUCUGUUCAUGGUGGAUGCCAUUGAUGAGUACGCGGUUGGUCAGUUGAAAGAAUUCGAGGGAAAGAAACUCGUGUCUGCCACUAAGGAAGGUUUGAAGCUGGAGGAAACCGAGGAUGAGAAGAAGAAGAGCGAAGCUCAGAAGGAGAAGUUUGAGGGGCUAUGCAAAGUGAUGAAGGAUGUGCUUGGUGAUAAGGUUGAGAAGGUGGUUGUUUCAGACCGUGUGGUUGAUUCGCCUUGCUGCUUGGUGACUGGUGAGUACGGUUGGAGUGCAAACAUGGAGAGGAUCAUGAAAGCACAGGCUCUGAAGGACUCGAGCAUGGGUGGAUAUAUGUCAUCGAAGAAGACUUUGGAGAUUAAUCCUGAGAAUUCUAUUAUGGAUGAGUUGAGGAAGAGAGCUGAUGCGGAUAAGAAUGAUAAGGCUGUUAAGGAUUUGAUUCUUUUGCUGUUUGAUACUGCUCUGCUGACUUCUGGGUUCAGCCUGGAUGAACCGAACACUUUUGGGAACAGGAUUCACAGGAUGUUGAAACUGGGAUUGAGCAUUGAUGAGGAGGAGGCUGGUGAUGAGGAUAUGCCUGCACUUGAGGAGACUGAUGCUGGUGCUGAGGAAAGCAAGAUGGAGGAAGUCGACUAAUUGCUUUUAUAAUAAUAAUAUUUUUUAUUAUUAUUAGGCUCUAUUAUUAUUAUUAUUAUUGGUUCUGGACAACUGUUUGUUGGUUCUGUCAUCAAUUUUUACUUUUGUUGUCUUAGUUUUGCCUUUUUUGGGACAUGGGCAUUUCUGCAAGUUAUUUGCAGUUAGUUACAUACUAUGAUCAUGAUCUUUCUUUAAAUGCAAGAAGAAUCAACUAUCUUAACUCUUCUCCA